AUGGGGGCCUCCCAAACUCUGGCCCCAGGAGACAGGACAAUUAGUCUAGAGGCUUCCCUGUCACCGCCCUCCCCUGGCCCCAGUCUGCCUGGGGGCUGGGAGGGCACCGUUGUGAAAUGGACACAGAAGCAGCCACCUCUCCAAGGUCUUGUGAGGGUCGAGAGGAUGAAUGCGACGUGCCUGAUGGCUCCCUGGGUGCCCGCACCUCUGUUGGCAUCAGCCAGGGGAGGCCCAGAGGCUUUAGGGAGGAAGGGCAAAAUGGAAAUGGUGCACAAGAAGGCCGAUCAUAUUAAGAUCCAGCUGCACUUAAGCCAAACCUGGGCCUCGGGGCACCCUGUUCAAGGAAACAGCCAGCUGCCAGGAGAGUCACUGUCAGGCCCGCUGCACCUGCUCGUGGAGAGCAGAGGCAGUGGCCCUUCCUGGAGGCUGGAGAGGGGGACCUGCGCCCCCGCGGCUACCACGUUUCCUCCAGGCUUGGGGGAGGCCCAGGACAAGACCCUGCACCUGGGCCGCCCGCCCCUGCACAGCCGCGUGCUUCGGGGCCUUGGAUGCUCCCGGAACCCCCGCGGGCGGGGCCCGCCUUCCGGAGCCGGGUUGGCGGGCGGCGCUGGGGAAAGGGCCGCUACUUUCCCAGCGUGGCGGGGCGACGUCAGGCGGAAGGGCGCGGGGCGCACACGCUUUAAAUGGCAUUCGCUGUCAUCCGAGCUCGCAGCCGUGUGGGCAGGAGCCGGCUAUAUAAGCGGUGGGCCGGGCCGCCGCGGGGCAGACGGCGACAGCAGCGGCGGCGAGCGCCUCGGAGCGCAGCGGAGCAGCAUCCCCCGGAGCCCCGUUCCCCACGACGGGCCCGCCUGCCCGCCCUCCCGAGGAGCGCCGACCCGGGCCCGCGAGGGCCGCCGCCACCCCACAGCAGAUUUGGAUCCCCCGCCCGGCGAGCCCCAGGCUGCUGCCUCCCGGGGGGCCCCGGCGCAGCGGCCGCCCCUGGAGAGCCCCGGCGCCCCGCCGCCCGGCCCCGAAGACACGGGCAGCGCCAUGGCGGCCGCCAAGCCCAGCGAGCUGAUGGGCAUCUGCUCCAGCUACCAGGCGGUGAUGCCGCACUUCGUGUGCCUGGCCGACGAGUUCCCGCAGCCCGUGCGGCCCGCCAAGCUGUCCAAGGGCAAGGGUCGGCUGCGGCGGCCGCGCCAGUCCCGCUUCAAGACGCAGCCGGUGACCUUCGACGAGAUCCAGGAGGUGGAGGAGGAGGGAGUGUCCCCCAUGGAGGAGGAGAAGGCCAAGAAGUCGUUCCUGCAGAGCCUGGAGUGCCUGCGCCGCAGCACGCAGAGCCUGUCGCUGCAGCGGGAGCAACUCACCAGCUGCAAACUGAGGAACAGCCUGGACUCUAGCGACUCCGACUCGGCCCUGUGAGGGGCGCCGCCCGCAGCCGGGACUCACGCGCCUCGGAGGCCCGCCGGCGACCGGCGUUCGAACCCGGAGAGGGCCCGCGCCUGGCACCCCGGGGCCCGGGAAGACCGGGAACCAGCGCCCCUCGAGCACUUGGACCUUCGCCCGGCUGCGAACUGGUUGGGGCGCCUCGCGCCGCGCCGCGCUCACCCUCGGGCGACAGGGAGGGGGGGGCCGCUUUCUUUGCCCUUGUAAAUGUUUAUUUUUAAACUCCUUCCAGUACGAACUCUGCUGUGAGUGUGUGCGGGGACGCGCCCGCGCCGAGUCGCCCCGGGUCACCAGGGCUUCUCGGAGAGCAGCUCCACGCCCUUGUCCGAUGGUUUGCAACUCCGACUUUGCACACCGCUCCACCGUGCCCCCCAGCGCACUCCCGUUCACACUCACGCCAACACUCUCGCUGAACACUUUUGUAAUUGUUAGGCUCGGCCGAUGGGACUUGGAGCGCAGCUCAGUUGCUGCUGUGGCCGAAGGAUUGAUAUUUAUUUUUGCAUUGCGAUGGCUGACGGCGUUUAUUUAACGAUCUUUUUACCUGAUAUGUCUGUGAGGCUCCCGAACGGAGACAAAUAAAGUCAAUAUAUUUGCACAGUG